AUGCUAUUCCUUUUGCUUUCAUUUCUUUUCCCCUCACUUUUUGACAUUCAUUUGACCUUUAAAUAUCUUUCUCUCUCUCUCUCUCUCUCUCUCUCUAUCUUUUUAAUUUUCUUACCCUCUGUUCCAUUCUCUUUUCAUAUCUCUCCUCUCUAUCUCUCUGCCUUUUCCUCUCUCAGCUUCCCUGUCUCUUUAUUCUCCCUUUCUACCUCUUUUUCUCUUCACCUUCUUUUUGACAUUCUUCACUUUCUCUCUCUCUCUCUCUCUCUCUCUCUCUCUCUCUCUCUUUAUAUUCCCUCAUUUUUUCCUUGCUUCCUUCAUUUCUUACACCCUAUCUUCUUACCACUUGCUCCACCAUAUAUCUCCCUCUCUCUCUCUCUCUCCACUAUCACCCAUCAUUAUUUCUUUUACCAGUCUCUUCAUAUCUAUCUAUCUAUCUAUCUAUCUAUCUAUCUAUCUAUCUAUCCUUCAGUUUGUCUCUAUCUGUCUGUCUUUUUGCAUGCCUGUCUGUCGCCCUGUCUUUUACAUGUCUGUCUCAGUCUCUUUAUAUCUAUCUAUCUAUCUAUCUAUCUAUCUAUCUAUCUAUCUAUCUAUCAUUUGUUAUCUGUCUGUCAGUCGCUGAUUUCAUAUCUACCUAUCUAUCUAUCUAUCCUUCAGUUUGUCUCUGUCUGUCUUUUUGCGUGCCUCUCUGUCUCCUUGUCAGUCUCUUUAUAUCUAUCUAUCUAUCUAUCUAUCUAUCUAUCUAUCUAUCUAUCUAUCUAUCUAUCUAUUUAG